UUAUUGCAUUGUUGCUCAGGCUGACGCGCAUGACGUCAUGAUCACUUGACAACAGACAGAAGACAGACGGACAACUACUGUGCAGUGCUCCGCACAAGGUGUUCAUCAUGACAUCAACGUUCACGUGCAUUACGUGCCGAGUGGCCUUCCACGAUGCCGAGGGGCAGCGCACCCACUACAAGACAGACUGGCAUCGCUACAACCUCAAGAGAAAAGUGGCAGAUUUGCCUCCAGUGACGGUCGAAGAAUUCAAUCGCCGUGUCGUAACCCAGAGAGAAACCGACGAGGCUAACGCUCGGGAGGUGUCCAUUCGUUGCAACGUCUGUCGCAAAUCUUUCACCAAUCAAAAGGCAAUGGACAACCACAUCAAUUCAAACAAACACAAGCUGAAAUUGAAGGAAAUCAACGAGGAAGGUGGUAUUCUCGAUGGACAAAGUAUUCAGUCCACUAGAGUCAAAACAGCACCUUCAGUUCAGUCAUCAGUCAAAGAUGAGUCAUCCAAAGACGACGAUGCAAUGGACACAGACUCCGAGAUCGAGGAAGUUGAUUCAGACGAAUGGGAUGACGACUGGAAAGAUGAAGACAAUCCUAUUUUCCACAACGAUUGUUUGUUUUGUUCCCAUCAUAGCAGCAAUUUUCUGAAGAAUUUGAAACAUAUGUCAGUUGCUCACUCAUUUUUCCUCCCAGAUGCCGAUUUCCUUGUCAAUCCUCAGGGCCUACUAAUGUAUCUAGGAGAGAAAGUCUGUCAAGGGUUUAUGUGCCUGUGGUGCAAUGAUGCAGGUCGUGCUUUCCAUUCAGCCAAUGCUGCCAAGCAGCACAUGCUUGAUAAAGGGCACUGUAGAAUGUUGUUUGAAGGUGCAGCUCUUGCUGAGUAUUCAGAUUUCUAUGAUUAUAGCAAGAGUUACCCAGAUGGAGCCAAUGCCGACCCUGAUGAAGCGGUUGAGGUUCCAGUGUUAGAUACUGGUGAUUACCACUUAACAUUACCCUCUGGAGCCACUAUUGGUCAUAGAUCACUGUUUGUCUUCUACAGACAAAGUCUCAACCCAGAUCGUACUGUUGCAUUACCACAAAAGAAGCUAAAUUCAUUCUUGUCUACCUAUCGAGCAUUGGGGUGGUCUGGAACAGACAAGCUUGCUGCAGCAAAGAAAGCACGUGAUAUUAACUACAUCAAGAGAGUUCAAGCUAAGCACCAUAUGAAGGUGGGAAUCAAAGCUAACAAACUUCAACAUCAUUUCCGUCAACAAGUUCUCUUCUAGGUGGAAUAUUUGUUAUACCAGCCUUUUAAGGCACCUGAAUAAAUUAAAUAAUUGUACUGUAAUCACAAUUUAA